AUGACCGCAUCGGCAGACCAAGACAACGCCCAGCAGAGACUUGCGCAUCGCAAGAGCCUACGAACACGGACGGGCUGUCUCAAUUGCCGUCAGAGGAAGCGGAAAUGCGAUGAGCAGCGGCCAUCAUGCGGCGGGUGCAGAAAGAAGAAACACCAGUGCUCAUGGGGGCUGAAGCUCAGCUUUCGGCAUGAGAAUGCGCAGCAUCUUGCCGGAAAUCAUCCGUCCAUGCGACGAUUCUCACGACACCGCCCGAAACAGUACGAGAUUGUGGACGUGACCUCUGAGGUGAUGCGUGACUAUAGCCUUCCACCGGCGUCGCAGCGAAAUGUCGUCCAUGACGACCAUGGUGACCAUUUCAGCGCGGGACGUGUUGCUAGAGAGAACCGUCUUCUCACCGGCUAUUCUGGAGGUAUCCAACAGACAGAAAUAUCUGCUCCUAACGAGGCGUCAAGAGUAGAUUCAUGUGCAGCGGUUGGCGCUUCUUCCACAGAUCCCGAGACACCACCCAUGAAUGGCAUUGUCUCACCGGCGAGCCGCCGACAGACGGAAAUAUCUGUUGCUGACUUGUCCGACGCCAGCCAACGAGGCCAGUCUACUGAACCUACUCACAAAUCGGUACAUGUGCGAUUGGAUCCAACGCCGGUUCGCUCCGUUGCCGAUUGCGAUGACCUCGACCACUACCAACCCUUCACUCCCAGCGGGACGUAUUUUGAGGACGGACGAUUCCUACCAGGCUCUGCGUAUCAUGAAUCCCACUCUAUUUUGAGACAACAGUUGAUUCAAGAAUCAAGACGGAACGUGUCUACAAGGCCAGCCACCCGAAGCGCCAAAGUCGGCGGACAAGACAACGACCUUUGUCAAGAUUGUAACCACGAUGAACCACUUGGCAGCGUGCCCGAUAACUUGACAGCCAUAUCAAAGACCACGCAAGCUAUAGUAUCAACAGAAGAAGAAUGCAGCCUUUGGCGAAACUGGUUCGCAAACGUAGCGCCCUGGCUAGACAUAUUCGACAUGGAGCGUCACUUCCAGCACACUCUUCCCGCAUUGGCACCGUCCAACGACCACUUGCGAUGCGCCAUCCUCGCCCUUUCUGCACGACAACAGGAGCUGAAAAGGCCGGCGAACCCGACGGACCGGAGCCUGGCGCUGUACCAAGAAGCCGUACGUCUCUUGCUUCCAGAAUUGGCGUCCCGCUCAACAGCCGCCGUAGCUUCAUGCGUGAUCCUCAGCGUCCUAGAGACGCUUAGCUGCUCCCCUGAAUCAUGGCACCGGCAUCUCGACGGAUGCGCCAGCUUCAUGGGGGCAGUCGGGAUCAACGGCUUCGUCGGGGGCGUCGACCAAGCCUUGUUCUGGUGCCUCGCAAGAACGGACGUCUGCGGCGCCCUCCUCUCCGCCCCGACUCUCGCCGUAUCAACUUGGUCCAAGUCAAAUACCGACGACGACGUGCGACUGCAUCAGACCAAAACCUGUGCCGGAUGGGCAAACUACGCCGUCCACCUCACAGCCCGCGUCUUAAAUCUCCUCUCAUCCCAAACCACCAACCGCCGCGACCCGGCGUUCCACACUCGCUGGCUCCGGCUCUGGAAGCACCUGUGCGACUGGCAAGAGAGCCGUCCGGCGCCGUUUCUGCCCGUCAUGUCGAUGCCAUCCACGACCACAAACACCCCGUUUCCAACCGUCAUCUUCUCCAAUCCUGCCGCCACAUCGGCCACUCAGCUCUACCACACCGCGUCGGUCCUCAUGCUCCAACACCAACCUACCGAGGUGACGCCGCCCAAAGCCCGCACUGCUCUUUGGCAUGCUCGCCAAAUCUGCGCCGUUAGCAUCUCCAAUGAGCACCACGGGGCGUGGAUGAAUGCCGUGCAGCUGUUGUGGGUGGCCGGUCGGUGCAUCCGCCACCCGGCCGAGCACAAGGCCAUUCUCGACGUGUUGCAGCGCAUCGAGAAGGAGACUGGCUGCGAGACCAAGUCGCGACAGGAGGACCUCAGGUCGUUCUGGAGAGGCGUGGAGGAUUAA